UCUUUUAGGCUCUCUCUGUUUCUUCUCCACACUUCGGAGUUAAAUGGCCGAGAUUUACACAGAGAAAUCGACCAAGUGAUCUCUAAUAAGCAGAAAACCUGAAGCUAUACGUCCUCAAUGUUUUCACCAAAACAAGAGGAGGAUAGUGAGCAGGAAAAUGCUGAACAGCCCUGCUGAUCAUAUGCCCCAUCCUGAAGGAGAACCUCCCGUUCAUCCUUGCAGGCCAGCGGAGGAUAGCGGCAUCUUCCAAAGUUAUGACAACUACGUGCCUGAUAAGGAGAACAUCUCUUUUCCUGGCCCUCUGCUGAGCAGUAAGAUGCAGAUGGAGGACCUAAUUCAUUUUAUCCAGCGGAAGUCCCAGGAGUGUCUCCAACAUGUGGAUAAACCUGAACAAAAGGAGGCAUAUUUCUUCUGGAGUAUUAUGGAGCUGCUCUGCAGUAAAAAUGGAAACGUACUGCUGGCUGAAGUCGCUGUAAUCCUCUUUAAAGGCUACGGACUUCUGAGGGAAAAGUUAAGGGGUGGUAAGCACCAGGAUGGCUGGUGUCUCGCUCUGGCGCAACUUUUGUGCUCUGCUGACUCAGAAGAGGAGCACUUGAGUGCUGUGGUUGACAUGGGGAAAAAGCUUGACUCAGAAGGACUGACCUAUGCAGCACAUAUAUGCUAUGUGGUGGCACUGGAGGAGCUGGAAAUAUGUCAGGGAUACAGCUUUGAUCUCAUUGGCUGUAAAUGUUUGCCAGUCAGCCAAUCAGCCUUGAGAGAAGCUAUUGAGCAAACUGAGGUCUACGAAUAUGUAUGCUCCCUGACCUCAGGGUUCGCCCAGCCAAACUUCCAGAUCUACAAGUUCUAUCACGCCAACAGGCUAGCUGAGUCUGGCCACUUUGAUCAAGCCAUUGAGUACUGCAAGACCAUCGCUACAGCAAUUGCCAAGUUCCCUUAUGAAAUCACGAAGACCACAAUGGAACUGACCAUUGCGCUGUCUGAGAGACUACAUGUAGGGAAGGGAGAAGCACCUGAGUGGCUGCUAAAUCUUCGUCAGCUGCACACAGACAGAGUCUUUAAGCCGAAGGACUCAGAAUGGGGCCUUUUGAAUAGUGAGAUGUUCGCUGUCCAGUUUCCAUGUCUGGAACACCACAUUACACCAUGGGAGGUGGUUGAGUCACUGUACACUACGAGAGAGCUGCUGGGAGAAGGAGGCUUUGGGACUGUCUGUGCAGGAGUCCGUAAGGCAGAUGGUAAACAGGUUGCCAUUAAAUAUGUGGACAAGAGUCGGCAUGGAACAGUCAUCACCAUUCCCGGAGAGACACGCAGCCUCCCUCUGGAAGUAGCAUUAAUGGAAAUGGUAUCCAAGCCAUUUCAUUGUGAAAAUGUGCUGGAGCUGAUUGAAUGGUUCGAGAUGUCAGAAUGCUACAUCUUGAUCCUGGAGCGACCCAGCCCCUGCAUGAACCUCUGUCAAUUCACAAAGUCACAAAGUCACAAAGGUCGACUGUCAGAACCACUGGCUCAAAAAAUCAUGCAUCAGGUGGUUCAGGCUGCUCGUCACUGCUGUGACUGUGGAGUUCUUCAUCGUGACAUCAAGGGAGAGAACAUUCUCAUCAACACUGACACACUGCAAGUGAAGCUGAUAGACUUUGGUUGUGGAGAUUUGCUGAAGAACACCCCCUACAAAAUUUAUACAGGAACUAGAGUUUUCUACCCACCUGAAUGGGUUUGUGAGGGUGAGUAUUUCGGACGUCCUGCUACCAUCUGGAGUCUGGGUGUUCUUCUGUUUCACUUGGUGUGUGGAGACUUACCCUUUCAGAACGAGGUCGACAUUGUUGAUCUGAACAUCCGCUUCACUCCUGGCCUGUCUAGAGCUUGCCGCGAUCUGAUAUUUUGGUGUCUGGAGCGACAUCCUCGCUAUCGACCAACAUUCCAGGAAAUCCUCAGCCACGAAUGGUUUACAGAACCUCAGAACAGAAGUGAAGAUCCCUGCUGUGAACAAAGAUCUGGUUUAACACCUUUACACCCUCAAUUAAAUGAACAAAUAAAUAAAUGAAUAAACAAACAAACAUAUAAAUGAUUGUAUGAAUGAAUUAAUAAAUAAGCAAGAAAACAUGCA